AAGCAACCCAAACACAGCAAGCAGAAAGAAAGCAACACACUACCAGAAGACUAGAAGAGUUUGAAGAACCGUCUUCUCGUUUUCACGUUUCUUUACCAUGGAACACAGACCUUCGGCUAAAAAUGUUCUGCACAGUGGAUACCACCAUCCUGUGCUGCGGACAUGGCAGUGUCCCAACACGACCGUCCGGCCGGAGAACCUGAUGUUCCCGAUUUUUAUCAUCGAUGGAGAUGAUGACGUGCAGGAAAUCACCAGCAUGCCCGGAAAUUAUCGGUACGGAGUCAAUAAGCUGAAGGAGGCCCUCCAGCCCAUCGUGGACGACGGCUUGAAAUCCGUUCUUCUUUUCGGCGUGGCUCAGAAUCUUGCCAAAGAUGGUUUAGCAACCCAUGCCGACUCCAGUGACAAUCCAGUCAUGAGGGUCAUCCCAAAGUUGAGGGAAUGGUUUCCCGACCUUCUUAUCGCAUGUGAUGUAUGCUUGUGCGCUUACACAGAUCACGGACAUUGUGGAAUCCUCGGUGCGGAUGGUUAUCUGGACAACCAAGCCAGCAUCGAGCGAAUCGCCCGUCAAGCUGUAAACUACGCCAAGGCUGGUGCCCACAUUGUCGCCCCCUCGGACAUGAUGGACGGACGAAUCGGGGCUAUUAAGGAGGGUUUGACAAAGGCUGGUCUCGGAUCCAGGGUGUCUGUCUUGUCCUACGCUGCCAAGUUCGCCUCCGUGAUGUAUGGACCCUUCAGAGAUGCAGCAAAAUCAGCGCCUGGCAAGGGCGACAGGAAAGGCUAUCAGCUGCCCCCUGGAAGUGCAGGCUUGGCUGCCAGAGCAACACUCCGAGAUGUGGAGGAAGGCUGCGACAUGCUGAUGGUGAAACCUGGCUUGCCUUACUUGGACAUUAUGAGGCAGACUAAGGAUAAGCACCCGGAAUAUCCCCUCUUUGUUUACCAGGUAUCAGGCGAGUUUGCAAUGAUCAUUCACGCGGCCAACAACGGUGUUUUUCAACUGCGGCCAGCUGUCGAGGAGACUUUGCUGUCGAUGAGGCGUGCUGGUGCUGACGUGAUAAUUUCUUACUUCACGCCUCAAGUACUGAAAUGGAUCAAAGAAGCUUAAAAAUGUUUUGCUGUUUUUGGGCAUUUUAACGUGUCGGACUGAAGAGAGGAUUCUAGAAACAAAUGGGUUGGUUUGAUGGUGUUGUUACAAUCUUGUAUUUUAUAUCUUGUUGACAGUUCAUGGUAUUGUACUUGUUUUUGCUUCUCUAAAAUUGCACUCGAUGUCACGUGUCAUUCUUUUUUUUCUGGGAGAAUAUAGACAUUUAUUUUAGCAAAAA